ACUCACCUCGCACCCAUCGCCACAAGGGACACUUGAAGACCGCAAUGUCCUCCUUCACAUCCUCACAUUACUCCUCUUCGUCCUCCUCGCAGUCGUAUGCCAGCGAGGACAUCAUGUCCUCUGUGACGUCCUUCUUCUCCUCCAUGCUGCCUGCCCUGCACGCUGACGACGAGGGCGAGAGCGAGGAGGGAGAGGCCUCCGAGGGCGGUGAAGAGUCAGAGGGAGGAGAGGGAGAGUCCGGAGGCGACGAGGAGAGCUCAGAGGGUGGAGAGGGAGAGGAGGAGGAGUCGGGAGGUGACGACGAGGAGGAAGAGGAGGAGGAAGAGGAGGACCUCAUGCCUGGCAUCUACGAGGAGUGCGAGAAGUCCAAGCAGUGUGCCCCAGCAAAGCACCACUUUGACGAGUGCACCAACAGGGUCAACGAGGGCAAUGGAUUCAAAGGCGAGGACUGCAUGGAGGAAUUCUUCCACCUUGCCCACUGCGCCAGCGAUUGCACCGCUCCGAAGAUCUUCAGCAAGCUGGUUUAGAUGGUAGGGAGAUAUCCGGCACAUGUUUGAUCUCUUGACGUCGACGUACUGUACAAAAGCGGCG